AUGAGCGUUAAUGUACAAAGUACUAUAUUGAACGACGUUUACAGUGACUCUGAAGAUGACAUUUCUACCAAGUUAAAAUCUGUGCGGUUUGCAGAUGCCCCAACAAUAAAAGUAAUCAGUACUGAUGAUGAAGAACUCGAUUCCGACGACUUUUUCUAUGAUUCUGACGAUCCCAUACAAGGGACGAAGAAGAAAAACCACGUGAAUCCACAAGCACCAACAAAUAAAGUCACAUCAUACCAACCCAGCGAGAAAUUGUUUAAAAAAUACAUCAAUCGAAUCAAUGUUGAUAACUAUGAACCUAUGAAUGAUAAGACCCAAAAAUUUAUCGAAAUUAACGAUAGAAAGUUUGAUAACGAAAGAGUGAGAAUUAAAGAUAAACAUGACAGAGCCACAGCCGAGCAGGUCAUGGAUCCUAGAACAAAAAUGAUUCUAUUCAAACUUUUAAAUAGAGGAAUCAUUAAUGAAAUCAAUGGUUGCAUAUCAACUGGUAAAGAAGCCAAUGUUUACCAUGCUACCUCAAAAGAUGGCCGGGAUUUUGCCAUUAAAAUAUUCAAGACAUCAAUUCUAAUAUUUAAAGACAGAGAUAAGUAUGUUUCUGGCGAAUAUAGGUUUAGAAAUGGUUACUGUCGGUCCAAUCCCAGAAAAAUGGUAAGGACCUGGGCAGAGAAAGAAAUGAGGAAUCUGGUUAGGUUGCAUAAUGCCCAAUUAAAUGUUCCAGAACCGAUUAUAUUAAGGAGUCAUGUCCUAGUUAUGACCUUUAUGGGUGAAAAUGGCUGGCCAUCACCUAAACUGAAAGAUGUUGAAAUAUCUCAAACAGCAGCUCGGUCCCUAUACAGAGACUGCAUUAUGAUGAUGUGGAAAAUGUUCAAUGUAUGCAAGCUGGUACAUGCCGACUUAUCUGAAUAUAAUCUGUUGUACCAUAAUGGCAAUAUUGUUAUGAUAGAUGUGUCGCAGUCUGUUGAACAUGAUCAUCCACAUGCUUUUGAAUUCUUAAGGAAAGAUUGCACAAAUAUAUCAGAGUUUUUCCGGAAAAGGGGAGUUGCUACUUUGACAGUUAAAGAGUUGUUUGAUUUCAUUACUGACACGUCAAUCAAUGAAAACAAUCUGGAAGAAUGCAUGGAGAAACUAUCAGAAAAGGCAGCUUCGAGAAAUUUUGAAGAGAUGACAGCGCAGGAACAAAUUGAGGAAGAAGCAUUUAAGAAUGUUUACAUUCCGAAAAGAUUAACUGAGGUCAUAAACUACGAAAGAGACAUCAACAAAGCGAAGAAAGGUGACACAACAGACUUGAUUUAUAAAAAGAUUGCUGGUUUCAAUGAAGACUUAACAACUGUGGAGAAACCAGAUAUUCUUCAAGAAGACAGCAUUUCUGAAAGUGGUUCUGAGAGUGAUUGUGAAAGCGAUGAUAAUGACGGAAAUGAUACAAAAUUCAAAAACUCGGCAAGACCAAGGGAUGAGUCACCGAACAGCAAGAAAGCUAGAAAAAAGGCUAUCAAAGAGGAAAAAGCUGAAAAGCGGAAGACCAAAACAAAGAAACACAUAAAGAAGAGAAGAGAUAAGGGAAACAAUAGGAAAUAG